GUUACAAUUAUGCGUUUGCAUGUUAGUCUGCAAAAUUUAUCUUUAAUAUAUUAAAAGAGAUUUAUAGGAAUCUUGUUUUAAUUUAAUCGAAAUAAUUCUUCACAUUUUUCCUCCUUUUUAUACAUCUCUUCCAUUUUUCCUCACCUUCACAACUCUCUCAUAAUCUCUCUCCCUCACUCUAACACCAAAAGAAGAAGAAGCAUUUUCCAAAGAGAAAGAGAGAGAAAUGGGUUCCAAGAUUGUCCAAGUUUUCUUGAUGUUGGCUCUAUUCGCCACUUCAGCACUCGCUCAAGCCCCUGCUCCUACUCCCACCGCCACUCCUCCUCCCGCAACUCCCCCUCCAGUCGCAACUCCUCCUCCAGUGGCUACCCCACCACCUGCUGCAACCCCUGCCCCAGCCACGCCACCACCUGCUGCAACCCCAGCUCCUGCCACUACUCCACCGUCAGUUGCUCCUUCUCCUGCUGAUGUUCCCACCGCCUCUCCACCAGCACCGGAAGGUCCCACCGUGAGCCCAAGCAGUGCUCCCGGACCUUCAGAUGCAUCCCCUGCCCCAAGCGCCGCAUUCUCCAACAAGGCUUUCUUCGCCGGAACCGCCUUCGCCGCUAUUAUGUACGCCGCCGUUUUGGCUUGAGAACUUUUUUUAUAUAAUUUUUUUUUUAUCCCUCAAAUUAUUUCAAAUCUUUGGUGUUAAUGUGAGAAUUUGAUUUAUUUUCGUAUUUCGCUAUUUGAUCGUUAAUUUUUUUUAUCAUGAUUUCGUGUGUCGGAAUGGGGAAAGUAAUUAUUAUCUUGGUUGAAGCUAAUGGAAUGUUGACACGUGUAAUUUACCAUUGGAAGGGCUUCAUAUGGUUGUGUAGAGGAGGUGGAAUUAAUCUGUUUAUGUAAAUCCAAUGAUAAUAAAUCAAUUUCAUUACUCUUUCACUUAAACAUAAUCCCACAUGGUUUUGCUUUAACAACACACACUACAACAAGGC